AUGAAUCUUACGAACUCCUCAAUCUGGAACGGUUCGACCGGAUUUGUUACUGUCGGUGAUGGACGUUGCGUGACCGAUGGGCCAUUCUCUGGGCUCCGACCUGUCCUGUACAAUCACACUUACUCUCAGCACUGCCUCUUACGGGGAUUUCGGGACGGGAGCAAGGCUGGACGCCUUCCUUCCACCCCAUUCAGUCCAGAAUCAGUCGGUGGAUUACUCCGAGAGCCAACAUGUGAGAAGUUCGUCCGGCAGAUCGAGUUCUCCGUGCACAACAUUAUGCACCUGUCAAUCGCCGGGGAUUUUCUGGCGCUGACCGCCGCAAACGACCCUAUCUUCUUCGUUCAUCAUGCGCAGCUCGACCGCUUAUGGUGGCAAUGGCAGCAAGAAAACCUCGGGAAGCGAGUGCAGGAGUAUCAUGGAGAGCAUAUGUUUAACUCUACCAGAAAAGUGAGUCUCAGUGACAUGACUAUGGUUGGAGGACUCGCCGAGGACAUUCCAGUGUCUAAAGUCAUGAAUACGAAGGAUGGAUUUCUGUGCUACCGCUACUGA